AUAACCAACCAAAACUUUUCACAACAUUUCAUCAGCCAACUUUAUACGUGUAGUUACUUACCCAAAAAAAAAACAAAAGAACCUUUAUUUAAGAGGUUGGAGUCAAAGUAAAAAAAUGGAUAGAUUUUCGACUAAAAACCCUGGCCGCCCGCAGUUUCACCACCAAAAUCAGGGAGAUUUUUCUUAAACAUACGAGCUCUUAGCUUCACCCAUUGAUUUCAACAUUUUUUAACCUCUUCUUCUUCCUCUUACACAGAUGUUUCUUCUUGCUCAAAACCCCUCUGUAAUUCAAACACAUGUAAUUACAAAAUAAUAAAUAGAACAUUUGUAUUAGCAAACAAAUCACAUCUCUCUCCUCUGAACACGAGAUGGGCACAAACAAUUCAACAAAAAGAAAAACCCAUUUACGAAAUAGCUACUCUUAAUCACUUAAACAUCAUGCAGACGUCGAUUCUUUAUUAUUAUGAGUGCUUGAUUAUUCUUUAGAAAGCUUUGUGAAUUGUCUUCUUCAUGUCCAGACUUGGAGCAGCACAGAUCCAUCCAUAAACCCAUGUAUCAAAAGCCCCCGCAAAUUCCUUAAUUCUAAGAACCAGAUUUAUGUCAACAUUUUUCUAUGGAGACAAUCAAAAUCUUUCACUUCGUACCAACAAUAUCUAUAAAAGAAGUAUCCAAAUAGCCAAUGCCUAUUUCAACAAAUAAAAGCAAAUUCAUAUCACAGACAGACACAGGCCAUCAUCCUUCUUUGCAGAAAAUUCGACGCAAGCCAAAAGUUCCACCCAUCAAAACUAAAUGUCAAAUUCGGCCCCUCCACCUUCACCAUAUUCAAAUUUGCAGACUUGUAACAAAAGCUUAAACCCCAUCAAAAAUAAAUCCAUUACAAUUCUCAAACAUCAUCUUUCUUCCCGUGAAUCAACGAAAUUUACCACCAAAUCUAAUUCACAGCCCGGGCAAAUUAGUCACAGCCCAUUACAGAACUUAUUCACUCACAUGUUAAAAUGUUGGUGACCCAAACAUUUUCUCUGUCUAGUAUACUUCCUUAUUAAACAAAACUCAAAUUUCAAAUUUUUAUAUAUGAAUAUUUAUCCUGUAAAUUUUAUAUAUAUUUUUUAUUUUAAAGCAGUUAGAUAGAGGGGCUUCGUCGACUCCACGAAAUAGAUCUCCCUCAAUCUUUGAAUUCCAUUAAUUUCUCGUUUUCAAUUACGCUCUCGUGAUUGAGAGAGUUUUCUCCGCGACGUCGUUUUUGAAUUUCUCUACUGAAGGUGGAGAGCGAAACGAUUGUAAUUUAGGGUUACGUUGUGGAAUUGGGGGAGUGGGAGGAACCGAGGUUGCUUUGGUUUUUUGAUUGAUGUGGUGAUUGAUUUGAACGUUUUGUUUCGAGAAUGAUAAUCAAGAGGAAAUUGAAAUCUCAAAUGCCGGGUUUGAAACGGUGUAAACUCGGCCUCUCGGCGAAAGAGGAUGAUGAAAACUCAGCAAAGAGGAAGAAACGGAAAACGAAUGGUUACUAUCCUCUUAAUCUGCUUGGUGAGGUGGCUGCCGAUAUACUUCCGGUCAGUUUUCAUGGAAUUCUUGACGGGGCUCUGGCUGAGAAGGGAUUUGCUGCCUCUUGGUUUUCUGAAUUAUUGUGUUCUCCAGAUGAGGUGGUGUCGGAGUCGAAGGUGUCAGAUUCGGGGAAAGUGAAGAAGCAGCCAGUGGAGGUUUCAAGGCCGCCGUUGGUGAGAACUUCACGGGGAAGAGUUCAGGUACUUCCUUCACGGUUUAAUGAUUCGGUUAUGGAGAAUUGGAAGAAGGAGAGUAAGACUAGCUUGCGUGAUUAUAGUUUUGAUGAUGAGGCUGAAUGUAAAAAGGAGAAAUUUAGUUUUAAAACACCUAAGAGUUGUAAUCACAGCGUGAAGAGUAAAUUGAAAGAAGAUAAAAUUCGGUGUAAGAGUCGUAGGUAUGGUACAUUGUGUGAAGAAGAGGAGGGGGAUCGAGUUGGAUUUAGUAAGCGUUUCGAUAUUAGGAAGUACUCAAGUUCUCGAAGUUCCUUGACGUCAUUACAUCAACAACAGUUGGUUGAUGUUUAUAAUGACAAGUGCCAACCUGAGGAAAUUGUUGAUUUGACGACUGAGGAGGGUUUUUUAAAUGGUGAGAGAAAAGAUGACGGGUUAUAUGGGCCAGAGGACUUUUAUUCGUGUGAUAUAGUGUGGGCAAAGUCAGGGGUGAACUACCCAUUUUGGCCAGCUAUUGUAAUUGAUCCAAUGACUCAAGCGCCGGAGCUUGUUUUGAGGUCUUGCAUACCUGAUGCAGCUUGUGUGAUGUUUUUGGGGCAUGCGGGGAAUGAAAAUCAAAGGGAUUAUGCCUGGGUCAAACGAGGAAUGAUAUUUCCAUUUGUAGACUUCAUGAGCAGGUUCCAACAGCAGUCUGAAUUGAUUGAUUGCAACCCCAGUGACUUCCAGAUGGCACUCGAAGAGGCUGUUUUGGCAGAUCAGGGCUUUAUAGAAAAGGUGAUGAAUGAUAUAAACAUGGCAGCUGGGAACCCUACUUAUGAUGAAUCCACUCAUUGUUGGGUUCAAGAGACUACUGGUUCAAACCGAUAUCUGGACUAUCCCCUUUCUAACAGGGGUGUUUUUGGAAAAAGUAAAGAUACAAGACCUUGUGAUGGCUGUGGCAGGAGCCUCCCUUUUAAAUCAAAUAAGAAAAUGAAGGGUUCAACUAUUAAGGGCCAAUUUUUGUGUAAAACAUGUGCUAAGUUAACAGAAUCAAAACAUUUUUGUGGCAUAUGCAAGAAAGUUUGGAACCAUUAUGACAGUGGGACUUGGGUGCGCUGUGAUGGUUGCAAAGUUUGGGUGCAUGCGGCAUGUGACAAAAUUUCUGGCAGCCAUUUUAAGGAUCUGGUGGGCACUGAUUAUUACUGCCCUGCUUGCAAAGCAAAAUUUCACUUUGACUUAUCAGAUUCGGAAAAAUGGCAGUCAAAAGUCAAAUUCAACAAAAACAAUGGUCAAUUGGCACUACCCAAUAAGGUCACUGUUCUUUGCUCAGGCGUGGAAGGCAUAUAUUAUCCAAGUCUUCACUCAGUUGUAUGCAAGUGUGGGUCUUGUGGAGCAGGAAACCUAGCUCUCAGUGAAUGGGAAAGACAUACAGGCUCCAAAUUGAGAAAUUGGCGGAUUAGCAUUAGGGUGAAAGGUUCCAUGCUACCACUAGAACAAUGGAUGUUGAAUUUGGCAGAGCUCCAUGAAAAUGCUCUGGUUUCAGCCAAACCUCUUAAGCGACCCUCUAUAAAAGGGCGGAGGCAGAAGUUGCUGGCUUUUUUGCGUGAGAAAUACGAACCUGUUUAUGCUAAAUGGACAACAGAACGCUGUGCUGUAUGCAGAUGGGUUGAAGAUUGGGACUACAACAAAAUCAUUAUCUGCAACAGUUGUCAAAUAGCAGUACAUCAAGAAUGCUAUGGGGCAAGAAAUGUUCAGGAUUUUACUUCAUGGGUUUGCAAAGCCUGUGAAACACCUGAUAUUAAGCGGGAGUGUUGUCUUUGUCCUGUAAAAGGCGGUGCUUUAAAGCCAACUGAUGUUGAUACGUUGUGGGUUCAUGUGACCUGUGCAUGGUUCCAACCUGAAGUCUCAUUUGCAAGUGAUGAGAAGAUGGAGCCUGCUCUUGGGAUCCUAAGUAUUCCAUCAAAUUCUUUUGUUAAGAUUUGUGUCAUUUGUAAGCAAAUUCAUGGUUCGUGCACACAAUGUUGCAAGUGUUCCACUUAUUAUCAUGCAAUGUGUGCAUCAAGGGCUGGGUACCGGAUGGAGUUACACUCUUUGGAGAAAAAUGGAAGGCAAAUCACAAAAAUGGUGUCUUAUUGCGCCUAUCACAGGGCUCCAAAUCCAGAUACUGUUUUAAUUAUCCAAACUCCUCUAGGUGUCUUCUCCGCCAAAAACCUUAUUCAAAAUAAGAAGAAGACUGGAUCAAGACUUAUUUCAUCUAACAGAGUAAAACUCAAAGAGGCUUCCCCAGGGGAAUCUAUUGAGAUUGAGCCAUUCUCUGCUGCAAGGUGCCGAGUAUUUAAAAGAUUGAAUAAUAACAAGAAGAGAGCCAAAGAAGAAGCCACUUCUCACCAAGUGAUGGGACCUUGCCAUCAUCCUUUUAUCACAAUACAAUGUUUGAAUUCAUUCAGAGUGGUAGAGGAACCUAAAACUUUUUCCUCUUUUCGUGAACGGCUUUACCACUUGCAGAGAACUGAAAAUAACCGGGCUUGCUUUGGUAGAUCUGGAAUACAUGGCUGGGGCCUCUUUGCGCGUAGAAAUAUUCAAGAAGGAGAAAUGGUUCUCGAGUAUCGUGGUGAACAGGUGAGGCGCAGUGUUGCAGACUUGAGAGAGGUCUGCUACAGAUUAGAAGGAAAAGACUGCUAUCUUUUCAAGAUCAGUGAAGAGGUAGUUGUAGAUGCCACCGAUAAAGGAAACAUAGCACGCUUAAUCAAUCAUUCGUGUAUGCCAAAUUGCUACGCAAGGAUUAUGAGUGUAGGUGAUGAUGAGAGUCGGAUUGUCCUCAUUGCUAAGACUAAUGUAUCUGCGGGUGAUGAGCUAACGUAUGACUACUUAUUUGAUCCUGAUGAGCCGGAUGAAUCCAAAGUCCUGUGUUUAUGUAAAGCACCAAAUUGUCGAAAAUUCAUGAAUUAGGAUACAUAUACACACAGCAAAGUCAUUGUUUCUCCUCAAGGAGCACUAACCCAAAUCCCGUGGGGUCUCACAGUCAUACUGAAAUUGUAAAUUUUGUCAGAAAAAAAAGUCUUUUCCCUUUUUUCUUUUAAAUUUGUUGUAGGUUUUAAACACUUCCCAUGCUUAAUAAAAAACAAUAGAGUUUGCUUGCUGUCAUGAUGUGGCUUCAGACACUUUCAUUUACAAAAUUAGAAUGCUAACCCAAUCUACUGACUGGUCUAGACAGUCAAUUUAGAAUUACUGCCACAAGGUGAACAAAUCUUUGUCUGCUGAACAGGAGAGCCCACGCCCUGUAAUUUCUGUCAUUAAUUCUUUUUGUGUAUUUGUAAGAAAUUCUCAUCUUUGAUUUAUUUAAAACUCUGUAAUAACA